GCUGCAAUAAGUGAUGUCAUCUGCAUGAACAGAAACAUUUCUCACUUUCAAAUUUUCAGAGAAAAAAAUCGGUUCAUAUUGUUCGAUAAUAAUUCUGUAAACUUGCAACAUUUAUGUUUGAAUUCUGCAAUUAUGCUUAGAUCAAGUGCUUCUAUAUUUGCCUGAAUAAAAACUAGUUAGUUUAAACUUUGUAUAUGUUAUAGAUUCAUAGCUCCAUGACCAACUAACAACUUGUUGUAUUUUGCGAAACAAAACCAGGAAAGGAUGAAGAACGGUUAAGCUCGGAACUUGGAACAAUCACUAGUGACUACUAGCCUUGAUUUCUCAUCAAACAAGACAUGAAGUUGAAACUCUCUAAUGUUGCUUUUGUUCUAUUAAUCGCAUCACUGUCUCUCUUUAGCUUGAUUGUAGCUGCUUCUGAUUUGAACUCGGACCGACAAGCUCUAUUGGAGUUUGCUUCUUCUGUUCCACAUGCACCAAGGCUCAACUGGAAUGACUCAUCUUCAAUUUGUACCUCAUGGACUGGUGUAACUUGCAACUCAAACCGAACUCGUGUCGUAGGCAUCCAUCUUCCAGGAAUCGGAUUAACCGGUUCGAUUCCGGAGAACACAAUAGGAAAACUAGAUGCUCUUAGAGUUCUAAGCCUUCAUUCCAACGGUCUUAGAGGGAGUCUUCCUUCUAACAUCCUUUCCAUUCCUUCACUCCAAUUCGCACACCUGCAGAAAAACAACUUCUCAGGUCUAAUUCCGUCUUCCGUCUCUCCUAAACUAGUUGUAUUCGAUAUUUCCUUUAACUCUUUCUCUGGUAUCAUACCAUCCGAGUUUCAGAACCUGAGAAGACUCACUUGGUUUUAUCUCCAAAACAAUUCUAUAUCUGGGCCUAUCCCCGACUUCAACCUCCCAAGUCUCAGAUACUUGAAUUUGAGCAAUAAUAACUUGAACGGUUCUAUUCCAAAUUCCAUCAAAACAUUCCCGUCUACUUCUUUUCUCGGAAACUCUCUCUUAUGCGGUCCACCUCUUCUCAAUAAUUGCUCUUCAAUCUCUCCUUCUCCAUCUCCUUCCCCUACACUCACACAAAACGAAAAAGAUACGACGGCCCAUAAGAAAAGCUUUGGCAUAGCGGUUAUACUUGCUCUAGUCAUUGGAGGAAUCGCCUUACUAUCUCUACUAGUGUUAGUGUUCUUUGUAUGCUUCUUGAAGAAAAAAACCAAUAAAAGAAGCGGCAUACUGAAAGGAAAGGCUUCUUCUUGUGCUGGAAAGACCGAAGUUUCGAAGAGUUUUGGAAGCGGAGUGCAGGCUGCUGAAAAGAACAAGCUAUUUUUUUUUGAAGGUUCUUCUUAUACCUUUGACCUUGAAGAUCUGCUGAAGGCUUCUGCUGAAGUUCUCGGUAAAGGGAGCUACGGUACAGCGUACAAGGCGGUUUUGGAGGAGGGGGUGACAAUGGUGGUUAAAAGGUUGAAGGAAGUUGUGGUAGGAAAGAAGGAGUUUGAACAACAGUUGGAUAUUGUCGGGAGAUUCGGACGCCACCCUAAUGUCAUGCCGCUUAGAGCUUAUUACUAUUCCAAAGAUGAGAAACUUUUGGUUUACAAUUACAUGCCAGGAGGCAGCUUAUUUUUCUUGUUGCAUGGAAACAAAGGUGCAGGAAGAACACCAUUUGAUUGGGAUUCAAGAGUAAAAGUCGCACUCGGAACAGCUAAAGGAAUCGCUUUCAUUCACUCAGAAGGAGGUUCAAAAUUUACACACGGAAACAUAAAGUCGACCAAUGUACUAAUAACACAAGAAUUCGAUAGCUGCAUUUCCGAUGUUGGACUACCUCCUCUGAUGAACGCGCCAGCAACAAUGUCUAGAACAAACGGAUACGGAGCACCAGAAGUAACCGAUUCCAAAAAGAUCACGCAGAAGUCCGACGUAUACAGCUUCGGUGUGCUGCUACUUGAAAUGCUAACAGGAAAGACUCCGCUGAGAUAUCCCGGUUAUGAAGAUGUUGUCGAACUUCCAAGAUGGGUUAAGUCCGUUGUGAGAGAGGAGUGGACGGCUGAAGUAUUCGAUGAAGAACUUCUUAGAGGACAAUAUGUUGAAGAGGAAAUGGUUCAGAUGCUUCAGAUUGCACUUGCGUGUGUCGGUAAGACGCCGGAUAUGAGGCCGAGAAUGGAUGAAGCUGUUAGAAUGAUAGAGGAAAUUAAACAUCCUGAGUUUAAGAACAGGACAUCCUCGGAGUCUGAAUAUUCUAAUUUGCAAACACCAUAAGAUAACUCACUCUUUUGCUUCUGUCAACAGAUAUAUGUUCAACCAAUAAUAAGCAAUUUUUGUUUGUAAAAUAGUACUACUACUAAUCUUUGUUUUCAAGUUGGUAGUAAAAGUUUUCAUGUAUCAACUUAUUUGUUACCUUUUGAAA